AAAAACAAAACGACGGUUCUUUUGGCUGACGAUACGAGAGUAGAGUAGCAGGAGUCAGCAGCACCUAGCAAGGUUUUGCGUCUUCAACAAUAACAUAUUGUAAGCGUUAACACUUAACAGUGAAACAUAAAAGGUAAAUAAUAUCUUCUGUUCUGGUUGUUUCGUCGUUUUUUGUUUUGUGGUUGGAGUUGGGGAAGCAAAACCCUACAAUUUGAAGAAGCGAAGGUUGAUAAAGAGAAAGUGGUGGCAAGAUGAGGAUUAUGAUAAAGGGCGGUGUUUGGAAGAACACCGAAGAUGAGAUCCUGAAAGCAGCUGUUAUGAAAUAUGGCAAGAACCAAUGGGCUCGAAUCUCUUCCCUUUUGGUUCGUAAAUCCGCUAAGCAAUGCAAGGCUCGCUGGUACGAAUGGCUCGAUCCUUCCAUCAAGAAGACUGAGUGGACUAGAGAAGAGGAUGAGAAGCUGCUUCAUCUUGCUAAGCUUAUGCCCACCCAGUGGAGAACGAUUGCUCCUAUUGUAGGACGUACUCCUUCUCAGUGUCUUGAGCGCUACGAGAAGCUCCUUGACGCAGCCUGUGUAAAGGAUGAGAACUAUGAACCUGGUGAUGAUCCUCGGAAGUUGCGUCCUGGGGAGAUUGAUCCAAAUCCAGAGUCAAAACCUGCACGCCCAGAUCCUGUUGAUAUGGACGAAGAUGAAAAGGAGAUGCUUUCCGAAGCACGAGCCCGGUUAGCCAACACAAAAGGAAAGAAGGCGAAAAGGAAAGCGAGGGAGAAACAGCUUGAGGAAGCCAGAAGACUUGCUUCUUUACAGAAGAAGAGAGAACUGAAGGCUGCGGGAAUUGAUGUCAGGCAGCGAAGGAGAAAAAGGAAAGGCAUUGAUUAUAAUGCAGAAAUCCCUUUUGAGAAAAGGCCUCCUCCUGGUUUUUUUGACACUGCUGAUGAAGACAGACCCGUGGAACAGCCCCAUUUCCCAACUACAAUAGAAGAACUUGAGGGUAAAAGAAGGAUUGAUGUUGAGACACAGUUAAGAAAGCAAGACAUUGCAAAAAAUAAAAUUGCAGAGAGGCAAGAUGCCCCAUCUGCUAUACUACACGCCAAUAAGUUGAAUGAUCCGGAAACAGUAAGGAAACAAACCAAACUGAUGCUUCCGCCACCCCAGAUUUCUGACCAGGAACUGGAUGAAAUUGCAAGGAUGGGUUAUGCCAAUGACCUAGCUGGGAGUGACGAAUUUGGAGAAGGUAGUGCUGCAACACGUGCUCUUCUAGCAAAUUAUGCACAAACACCUGGCCGGGGAAUGACUCCUUUACGAACCCCUCAGCGAACACCGGCUAGUAAAGGAGACGCUGUCAUGAUGGAAGCUGAAAACCUGGCGAGGUUGAGGGAGUCCCAGACACCAUUAUUAGGGGGAGAAAACCCAGAGUUGCAUCCUUCGGAUUUUACUGGGGUCACUCCUAAGAGAAAAGAGGUUCAGACCCCAAAUCCAAUGUUGACUCCUUCUGCAACUCCUGGAGUUGCAGGUCUCACUCCCAGAAUUGGCAUGACUCCUGCAAGAGAUGGUUAUGCUAGCAUGACACCGAAGGGAACUCCUCUCAGGGAUGAGCUUCGUAUUAAUGAGGAUUUGGAUAUGCAUGAGCGCGCUAAACUUGAGCUACAAAGAGCUGAAAUAAGACGAAGUCUGUGCUCUGGUUUAGGAAGCCUUCCACAGCCCAAAAAUGAGUACCAGAUUGUCAUGCAGCCCAUUCCAGAAGAUGCUGAAGAACCUGAGGAGAAGAUUGAAGAGGAUAUGUCAGAUAGAAUAGCUAGAGAAAAGGCAGAAGAAGAGGCAAGGCAACAGGCAUUACUUAGGAAACGAUCAAAAGUCCUUCAAAGGGAGCUUCCUCGGCCUCCAGCUGCAUCAUUGGAGCUUAUAAGAAAUUCUUUGGUUAGAGCUGAUGACAAGAGUUCCUUUGUUCCACCAACCUCAAUUGAGCAAGCUGAUGAGAUGAUAAGAAGGGAGCUUCUUGCUUUGCUGGAGCAUGACAAUGCUAAGUAUCCGCUUGACGAGAAAGUAAAUAAGGAGAAAAAGAAAGGAGCUAAGCGUGUGGUAAAUGAGCCUGUUGUUCCUGUUAUAGAAGACUUUCAUGAAGAGGAGAUGAAAGAUGCUGAUAAGUUGAUAAAGGAUGAGGCCCAUUAUCUUCGGGUAGCACUGGGACAUGAAAGUGAACACCUUGAGGAAUUCAUUGAAGCACACAGGACUAGCCUGAAUGAUCUCAUGUUCUUUCCAACCCGUCAUGCCUAUGGUCUCUCAAGUGUUGCUGGAAACAUGGAAAAGCUGGCAGCUUUGCAGAAUGAGUUUGAGAAUGUGAGGAAAAAGUUGGACGAUGGCAAGGAGAAAGUUGUAAAGCUUGAGAAGAAGGCAAUACUCCUCACUCAAGGCUAUGAGAUGAGAGCCAAAAACAGUCUUUGGCCACAAAUUGAGGCCACUUUCAAGCAAAUGGACAUAGCUGCAACUGAAUUAGAAUGCUUUGAAGCUUUGCAAAAGCAGGAGAAGUUAGCAGCAUCCCACAGGAUAAACAAUCUAUGGGAGGAAGUACAGAAGCAAAAGGAACUUGAGAGAACUUUGCAAUACAAGUAUGGGAAUCUUAUGGAAGAAGUGGAAAGGAUACAAAAUGUCAUGGAACAGUACAGGGUACAAGCACAAAAGCAAGAAGAAAUCGAAGCAAACAACCGUGCUCAUGAGUCAACAGAGACUGUUGCUGACAAAACUGGUGCACAGGAUUCAAAGAAUUUUAAAGCUGCGCCUCUCGCUGAAGGAAAUGAAACUGCUAUAGCAACUGAUCUGUCUCGUGAUGAAAGUGAAGCGGGCUCUGUGCAAGACCAGACCACCGCUAGCCAGAAAAAUGACGUGGAUGUGGAUUCUGAUGAUAUAAAGCAAACAGAUGACCCUAAUGCAAAACUGCCAGAUGCUACACUUGUUGCCAAGGUUGACGCCGGAAAAGUGGAAGGUACCAUCACUGAUGGUCACAUCGAUAAUGGUAAGACAGCAUUAGACGAGGGUGCUACAGUAGGAAAUGUGGUGGAGAAAGAUUUAGCUAUGGAUGCUGAAAAUUCACAUGAUGAUAGCACACCAGAAAAAACCACUGCUUCUGAUGAAGGGGAUGAUAUGCAAGUUGGUGAUGGCAACUAAACCAAGAAAUGCUCAACCCAGUUCUGAUGGCAAUUAGUUUUUUUUUUUUCUUUUUUGGG